UAUCAUCUAGUAUCCUGUCCUUUUUUCUUUUAGGAAGGAAAGUUCAGAACUCCUCAGACCUGCCCAGUACAUUAUGUCAGCUGUCAAUAACACCAACUUCAACUCUGCAGUGUUCCUUCUCACUGGGAUACCAGGUCAGGAACAUGUCCAUCUCUGGAUUUCUAUCCCUUUCUGCUUCAUGUAUCUUAUUUCAAUAGUGGGAAAUUCAGUCAUUCUGUUCAUUAUAAAAACAGAUCCAAGCCUCCAUGAGCCCAUGUACAUUUUCCUUUCCAUGUUGGCCAUCACAGACCUUGCCUUAUCGAUAUCCACCAUGCCGACGACACUGGGUAUAUUCUUGUUUAACUCUAGAGAGAUCAGCCUAAAUGCCUGUUUUGCCCAGCUGUUCUUCAUCCACAUGCUUGAAUGCAUUGAAUCCUCUGUGCUCUUGUUGAUGGCCUUUGACCGCUUUAUUGCAAUCCGUGACCCGCUGAGAUAUGCUUCCAUCUUAACCCUGCCGAGAAUAGGCAAGAUGGGACUGGUGUGUGUUCUAAGAGGGGUGGCAGUAAUACUCCCACUCCCUUUUCUCCUUCAACGGUUCCGAUAUUGUCGAUCCAAUGUCCUCUCCCAUUGCUACUGCAUAAACCAGGAUGUCAUGAAGAUGGCUUGUUCGGACAUCAGAAUAAACAGCAUCUAUGGCUUGUCUGUUGCACUCUUGACGGUGGGGCUGGACUCGCUGCUCAUCUUUCUCUCUUAUGUGAUGAUCCUCAAAACAGUGCUGAGCAUCACGUCCCACGCAGAGUGCCUCAGGGCCCUGAACACCUGUGUCUCCCACCUUUGUGCAGUCCUGCUCUUCUACAUGCCAAUGAUCGGCCUGUCUGUGGUACACAGAUUCGGGGAGGGCUCUCCUCCUUUGCUUCAGAUUCUCCUGGGCUACAUCUACCUGCUCGUCCCGCCCCUGAUGAACCCAAUUGUGUACAGCGUGAAAAGCAAACACCUUCGUGCAAGGAUAAUCAGUGUGUUUGUCAAGUGA